AUUUUUUUGUUUUUUGAACUUUCAUAAAGAUAAGAACUUUUUUUUCAAAUUUUCUUAUUUUUUCUUUAUUAUUAUCUAUUAAAGGCUUAAAUAAAGAAAAAUAACGUUUUUGCGAUAAGAGAUAUUGUUUGCCAUCAUCAUAAACAAACUUCAAGACAAAAAAAAUGCUAUUCACUUUUUUAGUUUUUAUGAAAUUUCAAGGAUUUUUGGCAAAUGAUCAAUUUCCUCUGAAAGCUUAUUGGAACAUUUCAAACCUAAUAUGGAAUAUAGAAACGUCAGAGUUCCUUUGUCAGUCGAACAAUUUUCCAAUGUGCUGCAGCUGUAGCAGUAAUUGCUUUUUAUAUAAGACAUGCUGCAUUGACAUUUAUUGGAACAAAAAUGACCCACUACCAUUAUUUGACUAUAUGGAUAAAAUUGUAAAUACAUCAAAAACUGUUAAAGAUGCAGUGUGUGAAAGUUUAGCAUUUUCUGGUUUGAACCAAGGUCACGUUAGUAAAAGUUAUAUGAUGGUUCACUCAUGUUUAAAGGAAGCAAAUAUUGAAGAUAAAAAUCAGUGUACUAACAUAAGUACUCAAGACCUAUUUCAAAAUAUUCCUGUCAUAGGAUCUGAUAAAUUACUUUACAGAAAUGCAGCAUGUGCAAAAUGUAAUUUUGCAAGCUAUCAACAGGUUAAUUUGACAAUACAAUGUUUGGGAAUAAUAUCUGGUAAGGAUUUCAGAACAACAAUAAACCCUGAAAGUAAAAAUAAAUGGCUAGAUCUUUUAGAAAAGUACAAAGGUUGUUUUAUUGAUAUAGAAAAAAAUGGAUACAUUGAAAAAUUUAUACUACCAUGUCGUUUAGAGGACUUACGAAACAACUUUGAUAAAAACUGUCCCAUCGGAAAUCCUUAUUACGAUUUAUGCAAUUCAUAUUCGGGAAAACUUAAUAUAUACAACAAGGUUUACAAAAAUUUUGACUGUUAUAGAUGUGUUAAUAAUAAUCUAGAAAAUCUGAAUGAAUAUGACUUUCUAUGCCAACAACCUUAUUUCGGUGUCAUUGACUGGGGGAAAAUGAAUUGGGCUGUUUUAAUUAAUAUCAACGAUAAAUCAAAAGUCAAAAAAUCAUAUAGGAUUAACUCUCCUAGCGCUAUCAAAUGUGGCGAUGGAUAUAUCCUUGACUCUUUUACAAAUAAAUGUGAAAGAAUUAAAAAGCAAAAUAAAAACAAUAACUUAAUUUUAUAUGACUCUUCCUUAUUAAAAUGUCACUGGAAUAGUUAUUUGCACAAUGCUGAAUUAGAAAGCUUUAAUGACUGUUUAUUUUCACAACAACCUGCAUUAUUUUUGUUUGUAAAUGAUACAUCUAAUUUAACUACUGUAAAUGAAAUGUUUUUGGAAACAAUAAGUUCCUCCCUCGUUAUCUCUUCGAGUAAACUAAAAAAAGCAAAUAAAAUUAUUUUUAGAACAAACGAAACGUUUACAUACGAAAAACUACAAACUUUUCGAAUACAUCAAUCGACCAUUUUCAGUUAUGCAACUUCGGUGUUCGUUUCGUCGAUAAAAAAUCAAGAAAUUACCGAAAUGUAUGGGUUUGAUUUAACAAGAAGUUAUAAAAAUAAAAGAGUUUGUGCGCAACCAGAAACUAUCCAGGUUUUUGAAAAAAACUAUUCUGUAUCAUCUUUCAACUCCGUUCAUUAUAAUAUAACUGAUGAGGAGAUAGUACUCUGGAUUGAUAUUGCACCGUCUGGAAUAGAAAACAAAUAUAUCAGUUACUGCAAAGUUUUUCAUUUACAACAACAGUGUUCUUACAAUGUAAUUAAAAAUUACACUUUAGAACUGAAUCAAACCAUUUUCUACUACGAUAACGGUAAACGUUUUACUUACUUCCCAAAUGAAUACAUCCCACUUGCAAAUGGUGUUGGAGUAUGUAAAGAAAUCGACAAUAAUAUUGCUUUAAAAUGGAAAACUAAAGUUUUCAAAGUUGCAAAUAUUGUUUCAAAUAUUGUAACAUCAGCAAGUGUACUGUGUUAUUUAACAAUCAUAAUUGUUUACACGUACUUUCAAGAACUUAGAACAUGGUCGAGUUUGACGACAACAACUUUAUGUAUAAAUUUGUUUUUUGCUGAUUUUACGUUCUUAAUUUCAACGCAAGUCUACAAAAAUAGAAUAUGGUGUAAAGUAUUCUCCAUACUUUUACAUUGGUUUUUAUUGGCAGCUUAUCAUAGUCUCCUUAUCUUAGCGCUUGACGUGGCUACUACGUUUGGUUCUUAUAAUCGUCGAUUUUCCAAACGGAAAAAGUUAAUUCAAUACUUUAUUGUAAUUUAUGUUAUACCAUCAAUAUAUUUGUUUAUAAAUGUUACUUUGGAAAAAACCGGUAUCGCGUAUAUUGGUUAUGGAGAUGGAGUAUGCUGGAUGCAAGAAUUUUACGCAAAGCUUUUCUCUUUUAUUAUUCCGACUAUGAUUAUCAUUUUAACAUCGUUAUCAUGCUUGUUAUUUACCGUUUAUAAAAUCACUUUGUCAGAGAUAAAAAGCAACGACGUAUUUGGGGAAGGAAGAACAUCUCGAGUUGAUGUUGCAAGGGUAGCUUUAAAACUUACAUUAAUACUUGGAGUAAUUGAGUUACUUGGUUUUGUUCAAAUAAGUAAAUCUUCGUUGUCAGAAGGAGAGGAGACCUUUAAUAUCAUUGUUGCAAUUUUAUACAUGGUUUUUAGAUCUGCAAAAGGAAUAUUGUUGUUUGUUGCUUAUAUUUGCACGCCAAAAGUUCAAAAAAUAAUUUCGUCAAUUCGUUUUAUUCAAAUUAAAAGCAAGGGUAACACUAAGACUCGGAAAGAAAAAUAUUUUUCAACAGCUUUCAGCUCAUUAUCUUAAUUGUUCAUAUGGAUAUUUUAUAAUAACUAUUAUCUUAAUAAUGUAAUUCUAAAAGCUCAUACUUACUACAGAAUCAUUUACUAAGGUACUAAUAUAUACAUUCAUAGAAUUUAUACAACUUUCUUUUCGUUAAAAGUCAGUUUUCGAAAAGUGUUUUAUUUUAGUUUAAUUUUUGUAAUAUUAAACACGUUUUAAAUUUAACAACACGCAAAGAAAU